GAUCUUAUAAAUCGCGUUUGGAAUUGCGACCGCGUUCCAGCCUCCUAAACAAAGACCUUCGAAUUCCCUUAUUUCCCAAAGCCCUAAUAGUCUCUUCAUAAAGUCGCGCAUUUGCUCGUUCUUUGUGUAUAUCAACAGAUUUCGGUAAAUUUUAGUGAUUUUUUCUCGUUUUUAUGGUGAUUAUUAUUGAAACUGCAGAAAGUUCAUGUUUUACCGUUAUUCAAUAACCUUGUGUUUUGGCUGAUUUUCGAUUUGUAAGUUUGCUUGUUGAUCUGUUUGUAUUAUGUGUAUAUAGCUUGUGCUAUUUACUUUUUGUAUUAAGCAACUGUCAGCUCAUACAGAUAGGAUAAGGUGUGGUUGUUAGCUUGCUUGUAUUGAUUGAAGCGCAGAACCGUGACUUUGUUACUUGAAAUGGUGGUCGUGCUUUCUAAACGAAUAAAUAAUUUGGGCCAAGUUUUGCGAGUUGUUCGACAGCGCAAGGAUCAUUUUUUGUCAAGCAGUUGGUUACAUUCAGUUUCAGAAACAAAAGAUGACAUUGAAACAAUUGCUAGAAUCAUCAAUGACCACCCUUUUCCUGUUCAGCCAUUGCAACCAACACUUAAACGUCAUAUCUCUCUGAGUGUUUUGUCUGCCACGUUUGUUGAAAAUGUUCUCGGUCGCCUAUUUGCAGCACAUGCGAAUGGACUUAAAGCAUAUGAAUUUUUUGAGUUCUGCCUCUGCCAUUCUGAAUAUAGUCCAACCUCAGAUGCAUUUGAGAAGACACUUCACAUACUAGCAAGAAUGCGUUACUUUGAUAAAGUUUGGGAACUAAUGAAGAAAAUUCAACAGCUAUACCCGUCCUUGCUCACUCUUAAGUCAUUGAGCAUCGUGCUAUCAAGAAUAGCAAAACAUCAAUCCUACGAAGAUGCCCUUGAAGCAUUUGAAAAGAUGGAGAAGCAUUUAUUCCCUGCGAAGAAAUUUGGCACCGAAGAGUUCAAUAUUCUUCUUCGAGCAUUUUGCACGCAGAGGCAGAUGAAAGAAGCUCGUUCAAUAUUCAACAGACUCCACUCUAGGUUCCCACCUGAUACAAAGACAAUGAAUAUCUUGCUUUUGGGAUUCAAGGAAUCAGGGGAUAUUACCGCGGUAGAGUUAUUUUACCAUGAGAUGGUUAAAAGAGGGUUUAAGCCUAAUAAUGUAACGUAUGGUAUAAGAAUCGACGCGUACUGCAAGAAAGGUCAUCUUGGUGAUGCUUUGAAACUAUUUGAAGAAAUGGAGAGGGUAAAUUGCUUGCCCACAGUACAGACGAUAACAACUUUGAUUCAUGGAGCAGGAAUUGCUCGUAAUAUAACUAAAGCAAAAGAACUUUUCAAUGAAAUUUUCAAGAGAAAUUUGCAACCAGAUACUGGGUCCUAUAAUGCCCUCGUGAGUUCUCUUAUCAAAUCCAGGGAUGUUAAAUCUGCAGCAGUCUUAAUGAAAGAGAUGGAGGAGAAAAAUAUUGAGCUUGACCAUUUAACUUACCACACUAUGUUCUGGGGAUUGAUAAGAUCAAAAGAUGUUGGCGGUGUCAUUGAUCUUUACGAAAAGAUGAUCGACAAAAAUUUCUUGCCUAAGGCACGUACUGUUGUGACGCUGACCAAAUUCUUCUGUGAGAACCGAAGACUUGAUCUGGGCUUGAGUUUAUGGAAUUACCUGAUGGAUAAAGGGCACUGUCCACACUGCCAUUCUCUGGAACUUUUGGUCACCGGAUUGUGUUCCCGUGGGAGAGUCGAAGAAGCAUUUGAGUGCUCUGAGGAAAUGUUAAAGAGGGGUAGACACAUGAGUGAGCUAGUGUUUCAGAUGUUGAAGAGGUCUCUCUUACAGCUAGGAGAGGAGGAAAAGUUACAGAAGCUGUACGAAAUGACAAAGAGGUUAGAAAUGAUAUUGCCUCCUUAUGGACAAACGAUUGGGCACAGCCUAGGUGCAGAUCUAUAAGUAAGGUGAAUAAAGAUUCUUGCUUGAUUUAUUUGAUUCUACGUAGAGCUGAGGUGUUGCAGCGCUUUUGUCUCAAUUCUCUCUUGGCACAUGUAUCUUUUGAUCACAUUAAGGAGUUUUUCCUAGAAAAGAGGUGAACGCACUUCUUACAGCCACUGCAGUGCUACAUGAGAUGCAUAUAACUGUUAGAAAGUAAAAUUUUGGCGGUGCCGUCUAAAACUAAAAGUACAACCCCUGAAAGUUGGCUAGUUGUCAUGGAAGGAGUAUUGAUUGCAGUGCUACAUGAGAUGCAUAUCGCUGUUAGAAAGCAACAUUUUGGCAGUGCCGCCUAAUUGUACAACCUGUGAAAGUUGGCUAAUUGUCACGAAAGGAAUAUUGUCCUGUUAUGCAUGCGCCAAGCACACUAAGAUCCCAUCACAAGCAACUGGGAAGGAUCUAAAUACUAAAGUCAAAGGGGCCGUGGUGGUUUCAGAAAUGCAGCUGUGCGUGGUUGUGGUCGAGGUCCAGGUCGCGUUGGUAGGGGAAAUAACAAGGGUGCUGAGAAGUCAGCUGAGGA